AUGGCGGAUCAAGAAGCUCCUGGUUGGCGGGAAAAGGCAGGGGCUUUCAUAUCCUCUUCCUCUUUCAAGCUGAAAGCAGCGGGAUCAGCCGUCGCAGGCGCUGCUGGCGAAGCAGGAUCCAAGGUGAAGACCUCAUGGCAGCAGAACGUGCAGCCGAAAGUCGCAGAGGCGGCGACUCGCGCAGCCGUCGCAGCGGAAGGAGCGAAAUCGCGAAUGCACACCACGUGGGAGUCGACCAAGGAGAGCUGGAACACGAAAGUGCUUCCGAGAAUGGAGGCCGGGCUGGAAACGACGGCUCGCGUGGCGGCUGACACCGGAUCGAUGCUGAAGCAGGGGCUGAUGGAGACGACGGAGAAAGUCAAGGCCAGUCGCGUCGGUCAACAGCUCACUGAGCUGACGGCAAAUGGCAUGGAGAGAAGCAAGGGGCUUCUCCAGAAGGUGGACUGGCGGAGGGGCCGGCCCGGAGCUCCAGGUGACGCCACACUAGUGUUUGGCACACCCUUGGAUGCAUUUGCGAGCAGGCAGCGGGGCACAGCCGUGCCCUUCGUGGUCAUCCAGUGCUGCAACUUCAUCCUGCAAAAUGGCUUGGUUACGGAGUACUUGUUCGAGUCGGAGAACGAUUCGCGUGUGGUCAAAGGGCUCAUGCACAUGUUCGAUACUGACCCCAAUGCAGACAUCCCUUCGGAUACCAGUCCGCUGGACGUGGGGCAGCUGCUGCUAGUCUAUCUCAAGUGCCUCCCCGAGCCUCUCAUGACCUUCUCCCUCUUCUCCGGGGUCGCCACUGUCGGCAGCAGCGACGUCACGCAGCUCAGGCGCCUGCUGCACACGCUACCUGCUGUGAAUCUUGAGACGCUGCAUGCUGUGCUGUGCCUGCUGUACCGAGUUAGCUUGCACGCUGAUGUGAACAAGAUGGACGCUCAAAGCCUAGCAGCCGAAUUCGCCCCCGUCCUGCUCUGGCCGCGACCAGAGGGUAGCGCUGCUUCUGCUGCUGCUGGUGGUGGUUCUGGUUCUGGUGGUGGUGGAGGUGGUGGUGGUGGUGGGGAUGCUAUGGCUAGUCCGGCUAUGAGGAGGGCACAGAGUGAGAAGGGAAUGCGAGUGGGGGAUGGAGGGAGUGCUGCUGCUGCUGCUGCCACUGUUUCUGCUGGGCCAGCAGUCGUGGAGGCAAACGGAGAAUCUUCUGUUCCUGAGAUCCCUUUGGAAGAGGAACCAACGCAAGCACAAACAGCAAUAGUGGAGGCAAUUAUGGUGCUCAUAGACAGCCACGAGUCAAUCUUCUCACAUAAUCCUGACGUUUUCCCACGUGACAAGAUCUCGCGGCGUGAGCGCCUGCUAAUUUCUGCCACGUGGCUUGAAUGCAAAGCAGUGGCUGACGCGCCCAACAUUCCCCUCUCAUUGGCCUACGACCUCUGGUCAGAUCGCGAGCUCGUUCCCAACUGGAUGCCAUGGAUCACCUCGGUUAAGGUGCUCCAAGAGACCCCGGAGUUCUCUGAGUGGACCCUCAAAUACACUGCAUUUGGACGCGAUCUGGAGUUCUCGUGGCUCUCCAAGCAACUCACCCUUCUCUUCACUACCACUGCCUUCUUCCUGCAUUCUCCCUCCUGCAUUCUCCCUCCUGCAUUUUCCCUCCUGCAUUCCCCUUUCUCCAUUGUCUUGGACUUGCCAAAAUACGACUCGGCCUUCACUGCUCUCCUUGUAUCCUCUACCAUCUCACCUCAUCACAUCCUCACUCGCUAA